AUGAUUGCUUCUAAAAUUUAUUCAGUUGCCACUACGUUAUAUUUGGUUUCAUUGUUGCUUUCGGCUGUUUUAGUCGAUUCAGCUAAAAUCAAGUGUACUAAAAGUGUUUCAAGUAAAGAAUUCAAUAUAAAUAAAGAAGAAUUUGUGGUCUUGCUUGAACAUAAAACAGGAUCAACCUCCGCUGCUUCUGGUUCAGGAAAUGCGGCAAUUCUUAAACAACAUUUGGAUUUUUUUGAAGACUGCUUGGGAAUGGAUUCUAAACCAUUUUACGGUAAAAAUAAUGGGAAAAUUACAACAAAGAAAUCUUCUUCAAAUACAGUAUUGCAUUUUUCUGGUGGCAGCAUUUUUGGCUAUGUUGGUUUUUUUAAUCCUCGAUUAGUUAAACAACAAAUUAAAACAUUCCCUAAUGUUAAAAUAGUCGAAAAGGUAUCAAAAGCUAAAAUUUUUGCUGCUAUACAAAAUAAUGGUCAUAAAACAACUGAAAGUACUUCAUUUUAUGACUUGGAUCGUAUAGAUCAAAGAAAUAAUAUAUUAGAUGGAAAAUUCCAUUAUCCUACCCCAGCUGGUGAAGAUGUAAACGUCUAUGUGGUUGACACUGGUAUAAAUAUAGCUUCACCAGAAUUUGGUAAUCGUGCUAGACAUGGUGGUUCUUUUUGUGCUGGAUGUGGUAACACGGAUGAUCAUGGUCAUGGCACAGCAGUCGCAAGUGUUAUUGGUGGUAUCCAUUUUGGUGUAGCGAAAAAAGUCAAUCUUAUAGCUGUCAAAGUAUUUGAUGGGUCAGGGGCAGGAAGUUCUGCAAAUAUUAUUGCUGGUUUAUCAUUUAUAUUAGCUGAUCAUUUAGCAAACAAUAACAAAAGGACAGUUGUUAAUAUGUCAUUGGGUGGUGGACAUUUGGAAGCAGUUGACAGUGCAGUUAAGGCUCUUACAGAUGAAGGUAUACAUGUUAUCGUAGCUGCCGGAAAUGAUGGAGAUGAUGCUUGCAAUAUCUCACCUGCAAGUGCACCAUCAGCAAUUACAGCAUGUGCAACUCAAAAGUCAAGUGAUACUAUUGCUGAUUUCUCAAAUUUUGGACCUUGCGUUGACAUUUGUGCUCCUGGUGUAGAUAUUCCUGUGCUUAAAUUUGGCCUCAUACCUGACCAAGCAUCUGGUACAAGCUUUUCAUCUCCACUAGUUGCGGGUGUUGUUGCUUUAAAAAUCAGUGCUUUUGGUAAUCUUAGUCCUGAAAGAAUGGCUCAAAGAUUAUUUUUUGCAAGUACCAAAAAUAUUAUUCAAGGAUUACCAGCGGGUACACCAAAUAGAUUUUUAUUUGUUCCACAAAUUAAAAAAUAA